GCCACCAACGGUAUGUAGCAACAUGUUCAAAGGGUCUUUUCGCCAGUCUUCCACUUUCUUUUUUCCUCUUCUAUUUUCCGUCGCGCUACAAUUGACCAAUUGAGCUCACUCCAGAAGGCAAUUGAAGUGCAACGUGCAACAUCCAACAGCCCCAGGUCAAUUGAUAACAACCCAAGUGAGAAUCUCGACGAGAUCCAUAUUGUGGUGGUAGCUUUUCUGAGAUCGACAGCAACACAAUAGACAACUUUUGGUAGUUAGUAAAGGUCCUCUUCGUCCCUAUCCAUCCAGCCACUUGCUUUGUAGCCAUCAUCAUCCAUCAUCAUCCAUCAUGGACUUUCGCCUUCGACUCCCCGCUGAUCAUGUGUAUCUCAAUGAUGACGAGACUUGUAUCUCAUCAGUCACCGGUUUCUUCUACGAUCAUAGCGUUUCGGAGUAUGUGCCUUCUCGUGAUGGCGUGACUCCUUCCUCUUCUAAUAAUAAGCACAACAACUAUUAUGCUGCUGCCAAGGAACGGGAGGAUCGACAGUAUGGGCGUAGGCGAAGUAGUAAGCAUAACAAUAAUGAUCCAAUGGACAAUAGCAGCGGCAACAGUGGACCUCCUCAGAGACCAAGGCGGUUCAGCGACAGGAGCGGUCCUCCCCAGAGACCCAGGCGGUACUCGGAAUCAUCGCGCGACAACAAUGGCCCUCCUCAAAUACCCGAGCGCUGCUUGAGUGUGUGCAGUGGAAUGGAACCAAGUAUUAGUGAGCAGUACAACUAUUAUCACGAUCGGGCCACAACAACAACAACAACUGCUACAAUGUUGACCAACAUUCAAGGAGACAGCGGCCUCUUUACGGAAUCCGAGUACUAUCAUGAUCGGGCCACAACAACCAUCAUCCCCAGAGGAGACAGUGGCCACUUUACUAAUACGACCCAUAGCAAAGCGUCGGAUGCUACAGCGGCACGACGUUCGUGGACGGACGAUGUCUUUUGCCAUAGCCCUCCCAGAAAGCCCACGAGAGAAAACAGCACCAGCAAAGAGGAGAGUGAAUACGAACAGCAGCAGCAGCAGCAGCAAGAACCAAACAACGUCGAAACAAUCCCCGAACUGAACAUACCCCACCUUACCCGACUCGGGACAGGCGAACAACCAACAGCAACCGCCAACAAACGACUCGCGUUCGCAGAGACCAAAAUGGUGGGACGGGAGAUCCAAUCGAGCUUGCUGGCAGAGUCACUGCAAAACCACGCCAAACGGGCCAUGAUGAGAUCGCAUGUGGUACAAAUACACGGGGAAUCGGGGACAGGGAAAACGAGGCUGGCCCAAAGCAUCCAGUCCACCAGCGUCUUUCGAUCCCUCGACAAUCCACUCUUUGUCCACGGGAAGUUCGACAUGCUGCACCGGGACGUUCCGUAUGCGGGAAUCGUUGCGGCAUUGGAGGUACUUGCAGAACGCAUCCUGCAACUGGAUAACGAACAAGACAGCCUACCGCUGCGAUCCCAAUCACUAGCCAACAAACUCGUCGCUGCGAUUGAUACCGAAGAGCUGGUGCUCCUGAUAAAACUCGUGCCUCUUUUGGGCAUCAUCCUUGGGAUCGACCCACGUGAUCAUCCGCAAACGAGUGUCGGCAACAACGACAAUGACAUGUUUAUUGACCGAACGAAGACUCGGUUUCGAGAAGCCAUCCGUCGAUUUCUAUGCGUCGUUUGUCAAAGCUUUUCCACCGUGGUGUUUCUGUUGGAUGACCUACAAUUUGCCGAUGACGAAUCCCUGGCUCUGCUUCAGGGCAUGCUGGAACCACAACAAGAAUACAGUCUGCUUUGCAUCGUCGUUUACAGAUCCAGCGAACUUCACGAGAGCCUUCAAAAGACACUGGCACACUGGGAACACCAAAGUGCCACCGGCAGAAUAGACCUGACGCAAAUACCACUGAGCCAUCUCUCCAAACGAUCCGUGCAUCUCUACAUGCAAGACCUACUGGAUGUUGCGCCUGACGAGGCAGCCAACCUAGAUGCGUUGGCAUCUAUUUGCCACCAACGGACAGGGGGAAAUCCAUUCUUUUUAAACAGCUUCUUGACCAUGCUGACAUGCUACGGGCAUCUCUCCUAUGAUCUCGACCAACACAAGUGGACUUGGGAUGCACAACAAGUUGACAUCAAGACUCAGUCCACAACAAGGAAUGCCGUCGAGCUCCAGUUGGCGCAAAUGACCACAUUGGGCAGUCAAUCCAGUCUAGAGAUUCUGAGGCUGGCGGCUUGUCUGGGUUCCACAUGCAAGGAGUCGGUUCUCCACGCGCUUUGGUUCCAGUUGUUUGGACAGCGGUACCAGUGUGACCAGGAUACCUUGGAGCAAGUCUUCAAAACCAGUCUCGAUCUUUUGUGCAGUGAAGGUUUCUGGCACAAGCACAAAGACUUGAUACCGGUGUACCAAUGGAAUCAUGACCAGAUUCGCUCAGGGGCCAUGUUGCUCACACCUGAAAAGGACCGAAAUGAGUUUCAGUGCCAAGUGGGUGAAGCAUUGGCAACUCAUUUGAAGUCUGGUGACCUCGAGUCCAUGAUUUUUGUUGUGGCGCAUCUAGUCAAUCCGGGAUUCGACACAAAUGACAAACAGAGACAACUGCAGUUUGCCAGGCUCAAUUUGCUGGCAAGCCAACACGCAACAACUAUUGCCGCGUUUACCAAUGCAAAGAUGUUUGCAGCAAAGGGGCUGUCAUUUUUGCCCGAGGAUAAGUGGGUCCAGUCCAAUGAUCUUUGCCAUGAGCUCUUCACAUGUCUUAUUCGGGCAGAACGAGUAUGUGGUGAUAUAUCAUCCAUGGAGAAACACUGUCAAGAAUUGAUUGAAGCACAAACGGACAAGCCAAUAAGCACAAGACUAGGUGCAACCAUCAAUCUCUGCUAUGGAGGAUUCUAUUCCAGCCCAGCGCUGGGUAGCAGGAGGGAGUCACUUGAGGUUGGGAUUACCGCCCUGGAAGAACUUGGUUGUGCCUUCCCAAGAAACCAAAUCACUACUGGGGCCAAGACUAUGGCUUGCAUGACACACCUCAAGAAAGUUCGGAACAAGCUUGCAAAGGCUGAUGGGGAUCUGAAAUUGGAUAAGAUGAUUGACCCCCCAAAGAACAUUCGGGAAACUUGCAAGCUGCUCUUUGCUCUUAUGCCUCUUUCUGAGCUAUGCAAUGAUGCAAGAUUCCCUUUGAUCGUUGGGCGACUGGUUGAGUACACACUGCAGUAUGGCAUCUCUAUUUAUGCACCAUCUGCCUUUGCUGCAGCAGCACCAAUGUUCACAGGGCCUUUGAAUGACUUGAAGGGGGGAGCCUUGUUUGCCAAGUGUGCGCUCAAGUUGACGGAAAUGGUCAAGUACAGACCAAUCAUCCCUGGAACAAGGGUGAAAUCAUAUGGACAAGGGCUUGUGUGGACAACUCCUGCAUGUGAAGCCGCAACCCAGCUUCAACUUGCUCAUGAGUGUGGAGUUCGUGCUGGCGACCGUGGCUGCACAGAGCAGGCUGGAUGUGCUAGUACACUCUGUUCAUUUCUGGCAGGUUGUCCUCUUGGACAGAUGGUCAGCAACUGCCGCACCCAACUGCAGCUAGAAAGGGCAAGAACUGACUUUCAUGCGCACCAUGCAGAGUUCCAACUAAUGGCAUUCCUAUCAUUCCAAGGCAAGGACACCGAUGAGGUUGUGGAAAGCAUUAAUUCAUGGCCAAUUGGGGCUCCAAGUAAGGAUGACCCUACUAGUGACAAGAACCAUCUGUAUGUGUUUUGGACGAAGAAGCUUCUCAAUACAUACAUGGGAGACUUUGAUUUGUGUGCUGAGACUUCACUUGCACAGGGAGAAAGCAUCAAGAAGUCUUUUCCUGGAUCUCCCAUGUCCAUGAUGGAUCCAUUUCUUCGAGGUCUCUCAUGCUUGGUUGUAGCCCGAAGAAGUGGGAAGAAAUCGAUGCUGAAAGAAGGGAAGAGCAUGCUGGCAAUCAUAUCAGAUUGGGUGAAUCAGGGGAAUCCCAAUGUGGUCCACUAUGAGGCCAUCAUGAAGGCUGAGCUGAGUGCAAUAAAGAAAAAAAGCCGUGGGAAAGUCUUGGCCAAGUAUCAGAAUGCCGUUGACUUGGCCAAGCAGGUAGGCUGUAUGCAUGAUGCAGCCCUCUUCUAUGAAUGCUGGGGUUUGUACGCUCUUGAAUGCUUGGAAGCCCAUCCGGAAGCCAGUGCAUGUAUUCGGCAGUCAAUCCAACUGUUCAGUUCAUGGGGAGCAAACGGAAAGGUUCAGAAGAUGCAAUCCCAAUACUUUGAUCUACUUGGUGGUGGCAAUUCCUCCCCUGGCAAGGCGUCAAUGACAGCUUCAAACUUGAAUGAACGAAGUGGAAGUCCCACAUCAUCAAUGGACCUGUCCAUAGCCCACGACAACUGAUACUUAGUGCCUACAGGCACGUGAUACACAUAAGUAUGCAUAAGUGUAGCUAGAUUACACCUGCAUUUUUGAACUGGUGGGGCAUGGGAGCAGGUGGUGUUUGGACGGUUUCCAAAGUAGCUAGCUAGUUAGUAAGGAUCAAACCAUGCUUUACGAAAGGCUUUCCCCGAGCAACGCACGGUAUCGGAA